AUGUUCGCCCGCCGGCUGGCCGCACUCAGGCCCAUUGAUGGCAGCUGGUUGGCGGCCGCGGCCAACACCAAAGGAGGUGUCAUCGCGUAUCCGUCGUCGCCGUUAAAAUCGCGACAGCAGUCACAGAAUUUCUCGACUGCAAAACAAUAUGCCCCGUUGCCGAAGCUACCAGUGCCCGAUCCGAGAACGACCCUGAAUCACUUCUUGGAAUUUGCUAAGCCAUUGCAAACACAGCAGGAGUUCCAAGACACGGAAGCGGUUGUAAAGAAAUUCGCCGAAAACGAACUACCAACUCUACAGAAGCUACUUGAAGAACGUGCUUCAAAGUUGAACAAUUGGCCUAUCUGUAAACCACGUACACCACUCCCGAUUGUCACGUCUCCCGGUUUGAUGUUCCCCGUGUUACCAACCAGCGGCAAGGACACUCAGAUUGAUCAUGCCGCACAAAUUACCCAAGCUGCUGUAGACUUAGCUAAAAAAUUUAUCAAGGAUAUGGCUGGCAAGACGCCGUUUGAUAUGAGCCAGUACAAGUUUAUGUAUGGUACAACUCGUAUUCCACGGAAAGAAUGCGACGAGAUUUUUUCAAUGCCUGUACUGAAUGCGGCCGGUCAGCCGCUGUCCUUAUCAGCGCUCUCCGGGCUUUUCAAUGACGUUAUCAAACAAAGUCGCGAAAGACAACCGCAUGCUAUCGGCAUUGUUUCAUCGGAUAAGCGUGAUCGUUGGGCAGAGAUCUACGAACAACUCGAAGGAAAUCCCACGAACUCGUCACAUCUUUCAACAAUCGAAGAUGCAUUGUUUGUUUGUCUGCAUGGAGGUGGAACGAUGAGCAACUCGUGCAAUAGAUGGUUCGAUAAAACUCUUCAGUUUGUGAUUGGUGCUAAUGGUGCAUGUGGAUUAACCUAUGAGCAUACACCUGCCGAAGGGCCACCAGUGGCGGCCAUGAUGGAUUUUAUCUGUGAUAAGUUACUUGGAAAGGAAUUCAAUGAUGACUCAAGCAUAGCCGAAGGCAGAGUUAAGCGAUUGGAUUUUGAACUGAAUGAUGCCCAAAUCGCUCAAAUCAAAAAAAGUGGCAAGAAAAUGGAUAGAGCAGCCGAUGACGUUGAUGUAGCGGUGUUCUCAUACAAGCGAUAUGGUAAAAAUUACCCAAAAUCGGUAAACAUCUCUCCGGAUUCGUUCAUUCAAAUGGCAUUUCAAUUAGCAUUCUUCAGGAUUCAUUCCGCAUUGCCGCCCACGUACGAAACGGCCACUUUGCGAAAGUUUGACGAGGGACGCACGGAAAACAUCAGGUCGCCCAACACAUUGGCUGAGAAAUUCAUUAGAAAGGUGAGACUUCCUUGA